UGCCACCUGUCAGUGCUCAUCAGUGCCACGUGCCAGUGCCCAUCAGUGCCACAUCAAUGCCACAUAUCAGUGCCCAUCAGUGCCGCCUUUCAAUGUCACCCAUCAGUGCCACCUAUCAAUGCCAAUCAGUGCCACCUAUCAGUGCUGCCAAUCAGUGUCACCUAUCAGUGCUGCCAAUCAAUGCCGCCUAACAGUGCCAGUCAGUGCCGCCUAACAGUGCCAGUCAGUGCCGCCUAACAGUGCCAGUCAGUGCCGCCUAACAGUGCCAUAUAUCAGUGUCAUGUAUCAGUGCUGCCUUUCAGUACCCAUCAGUGAUGCCU